UGGUUAAUAUUCCAUCCUCUCUUUUUUAUCAUCUUCCCCCCACAUUUUUUUUACUAUGACUAUCUCUGAAACAACUUAUUCUGAAUAUGAUGUCAUUAUUGUGGGUGCUGGCAUCCUUGGUUCUGCUGCUGCUAAAGCUCUCGGAGAUACUGGCAGACGAGUCUUAUUAUUAGAAAGAGAUCUAUCUGAACCUGAUCGUAUUGUUGGGGAAUUAUUACAACCUGGUGGUGUUAAUGCUUUACAUGCUUUAGGAUUAGAAGAAUGUCUCCAAGGUAUCGAUGGUAUUGAUUGUCAUGGUUAUGGUGUGAUUCGAGAUAUGCAAACAGUGGCUAUUCCAUAUCCUAUUAAUCCAGUAUCCAAUAAAGAAGCAGUAGGAAAAUCUUUUCAUCAUGGUCGAUUUGUCAAUCAACUUCGACAACAUGCAUCUGCCGUAGAAAAUGUGACCGUUAAAGAAGCAACAGUAACCUCUUUACUAAAAGAACAAUUAGUUGGGGAAGAUGAUGAAUUGGUUGGCAAUGAAAAGGUGGUGGGUGUUGUAGCUCAGAUUAAAGAUAGAUCAGAAGAAAAGUUUUAUGCUCCUUUGACUAUUGUUGCAGAUGGUUUAUUUUCAAAAUUCAGAAAAGAAAUGACAACGAAAACUCCUGAUGUUCGAUCAUACUUUGUUGGUUUUGUCAUGAAAGAUGUUCCUUUACCAAUGCCUGAACAUGGUCAUGUUAUUUUAGCUAAACCAUCACCGAUUUUGAUGUAUCAAAUCAGUACACAUGAUACUCGUAUCCUUGUAGACAUUCCUGGACAACUUCCUUCUGCUUCCAAUGGUGAUUUAAAACGAUAUCUACAUGAUAACAUUGCCCCUCAGUUACCCGAUACUAUUCGUACUUGCUUUAUCAAUGCUUUAGAAACUGAACGAUUACGGUCUAUGCCUAAUGGAUUUCUUCCUCCUUCCAUCAACAAUUAUGAAGGUAUGAUUGUUUUAGGUGAUGCCAUGAAUAUGCGACAUCCUUUGACAGGUGGUGGUAUGACUGUGGCAUUAAAUGAUGUGGUACUUCUUCGAGAAUUACUCUCACCAGAAGUCGUACCUUCUUUCACUGAUACACAAUUGGUUAUCAAACAAAUGGCAAAACUCCAUUGGAAACGCAAGAAAUAUUGUACUUCUAUCAAUGUUUUGGCCAUGGCUCUUUAUAGAUUAUUUGCUGCUGAAGAUGAAGAUCUUGCUGUAUUACAAAGAGGAUGUUUUGGUUAUUUCAAACUAGGUGGUAAUUGUAUUGAUGGACCUUGUGGUUUAUUAUCUGGUUUAAUACAACAACCUCUAGUGCUUGUCUAUCACUUCUUUGCUGUGGCUAUCUAUGCCAUCUAUUUGGAAUUCAAAACUGGUGGAUGGCGACAAGCGCCUAUGAAUUUUAUCAAGAUCUUUACUGUCUUAUAUACUGCAUGCGUUACCAUCUUCCCUUAUCUUUGGAGUGAACUACAGAAAUGAAGUUUAUCUCUUCUAUUCCCAUCUUCCUUUAUUAUGAUUAUUAUUAUUAUUGUUGUUCUUUUAAUUUGAUUUUACGUAUAUACACUACUUUUUUUACAAUAUUAUAAAACAU